UAUACAUAUAUAUACAAGUCUCGGUAGAGGAAGCAAAAGUUUGUGGCGAGACAAUCACAACCCUGUUCAAUUUUACGCACGAUACCUUGUUGUACCGUUGUUGGAAAAUUUCAAGAUGGACGUUGUUCGAUCGGAGGUUCAAGGUCGAAUCACGCCGAAUCUGAAGGCGGCAUCGCAGAAGGCGGCAUUCUUUGCUCGUUCGUCCAUGCUGGCCACGUUCUUUCUUUGGGAAUCUUAUUCCACACAGACAGAAAGAGGGAGGAAAGAAAGAGAGAGAAAGAGAGAGAGAGAAGUUCGGCGCCUCAAGCAUCGUCUACCGUUACCACGUGUCUCUCUCUCUCUUCUCUCUUUCCUCUCCUUUCGAUACACCAGGAUCACACGUGCAAAUACCAUGGAAACCGCUUCUUUUAGCAAGCUUUCCGAAAUUUAUUGGUAAACAUCCCUAUUUUCCUAUUUUCAAAUCUUUGUCAUGUAUCAAUCGAUCGCAAUCGUUCGUUCGUCGCUUUUGUUUAACAGCAAGCAACUUGCAAUAAGAUCCUGUAUAUAUCUCUCCCAGUUGCAUCGGUCGUCAAUGUCAUAUGCCGUGUCUGGACCAUUAACGCUGAAUGGUUCAUAUCGCAUUGAACGAUGUAUUUAAUUCCUAGUAAGAAACUAUAUUAUAGCUGGUUAAAUUGUAUUUGAAUUAAAAUUCGAGAAACGCUCCUCGGAUAAUCAACGGAUAUUCAUGUUUCAAGGUUAGACUAUUACGGUUGGGAAAUAGAAGAAACUAGAGCGAGAUAGAUGCAACGACGAGGAUUGGUCGAUGACCGUUCGCGCGUUGCUAGUGUGAUUUGCACAUGUCUCGGGUGAAAGUAUUACCGACGAAUCCUUCGAUGGUUUUGAAUCCGAAUUCACGGACGAGGUUCGCGCGUGCGCGCCUGCGCCUGCGCGUACCUUACAAUUUCAACCGUCUUUUCUGGCCCACUACGGUUCAACUACGGUCUCCUUCUUACGGAAUUCAUUAAUAACUUGGAUGCAAACUUCUUGAAAGCGUAGUGAACUACCUCCAACGUCGAAAUACCGCUAUUUCUUGUCGCUGGUUAAAAUGUUCUACGACUAGAAGAGAUUUUUUUUUUUUAUAUUCGAAUCUGGUGAUAAAGAUAGGAGGUUCGUUUCUAACCUUCUCUUCGCUUCCACUUGUACGAGAGUUAUGUUACGUUAUUUCGACAUUAUCGAUUGUGUAAUCUCGCGUAAUUGUAACGUCGAUAAGUAGAACAUAGACGACCGAUAUUGAAAAAGAAGGUGAACGGAGAGUGGAUGUCUUCAUCCACUGUGUCAAUGUACUUACUCGUAUGCAUACACAUAAAAUGCCGGGAGGAUCGGCGGAUCUGUGUAAAUGGUUAUUCUUGGCAGGAUUGUUCUGCUGUUCGUCCUGUCAAAGUGUUUCGUCCACGUUUGAAAACAAGACUGGCCAGAAUGAGAGCAAGCCGCGCGUGUUUUCGCUCAGAAUGGAUUACGACGAGUGGACGCCGCUUGGACGCGGCGACCCCCUGAAGAACAAUCCUACCUUCGAUUACGUCCCCCCCGUGCUGGACAGGGUUCAAUAUUGGCUGGAUUCUCACACGACCGAGCCGUCCACCAAACGGGAUAUCCUGGUCCUCGGUGUAACCGCGAAGAAAACCAGCCCGAAGAUACCGGAACAAUUCUUGAAAUUCGUGGACGGGCCGAAAUUCACGAGAUCGAGUCACCAGGAUUCCGUUUCCUCGUACAGGAACGACUUCACCGGGAGCACGGGGGCGGAACCGCCAAAACUGGUGCGGACGAGCAACUUCAGAAACGGGCCCCUCGACUACAGGAAUCAAAACAGGAUUCAAUCGAUACCGUCCAGCUACUACCCGAGCCCGUUCUACAAUCAAAAAACGAAACCUUACACGAUGAUGCUUCCCCCACCGUUGACGCAGAAAGACAAGAUCGUGAGCUUCGUCGAGCCCACUCAACAAUUCAACACUCAAACGGAGGAAGGGCCGGUGCUUCAAGACGCGCAGUUCUACGCGCCUCUACCGCCCUCGAAGACGUACAAUCAGCCGGGGAAAUCCCCGCAGUUGAAAUUCCCCCCGAGCAAAAGUCCGAUCUCCACUCAGGUGGAGACGAUCAAGAGCGUGUACGGGCCUUCGUCGCCGCAAUCCACCAGACCGAAGCACGAAACCGCGACGACACCAUCCGUCUCCCUGGAAAAGUCCAAUUUAAUAUAUCAGUCGACCCAAACUCUUUCCGGUGGAUGGCCCCCCUCACCAGGUGGCGGCCCCUUAUCGACAUCGACCACGUCGAACGGUGUACGCCAGGCCACGGAUUAUUCAGGCCGAGAUCAAUACGAAUCGAUCGACCACCAAGCGGCUGGAUCCUCGAAUCACGAGGUGGUCGUGGAACAAAACGCGAACAUAAUAGUGGACGGGGAUAGCAACGAGAACGAAGAGGUAGUGGUCGGUCAAAAAGGUGUGGAUACAGCGUCCCCUGUCACGAUCUCGAUGACGACUAUUACGACCACCGACUCGGUCAACGAUGAAAACGAAAACGCGGAGGACGAGAAGAUGCACAUCGUCGUCGCUAAUUCGCCUCACGACCUCACCGACACAGAAGCGACUCACGAGGCGAAAAAAGGACCGGUGGCGGUAGUGAUGCCGACCAAUUACUCGGAGAAAAAAGCGACAUCUUCGAGCUCGGUGACGCCAGCGAUGGAGACAAUAGCGACCUCUAGUCUCCCGGAAAAUUCGACGACGAUGGUGACGGAAACAUCGAGAGUCGAGUUUCAACCGAUUCGAAAUUCGGCGAUCAGAGGAUCUUCGUUCGUCUCGGAGAAUUCUCAAUCCCCUUUAUCUCCGAACAAGCUGAUGUCGAGUGUUCAACAGCACGGGAUGCAUUUCCACUCGACGAUGGCUCCUCCAUUUUCGUCCCGGCGCCCCGUCGAUUCUUUGCUCGGAUUCGGACCACCGCAAGCUCCCCUCUCUUCCAUGAUGCAUCCACAGACCAGGCCCAACCAUGGAACGAUGCACGUUGUCGGCGGUAUGCGUCCAACCGUCGGUUUCCGCGCGCCAGCCUCGAUGCCCAUGUUCCCACCGAUGACGCACAUGCACGCACCACCGCCUGUGAGAUCGACCAUCGAUCACGUGGAUUAUCAGUCGGGGGCGCAUCGGUCGCCGCAGUUGCACAAUUUCCCCGCUAUGUCGCCCGAAUCGCCGCCACUCCCUACUUUGACCGCGCACUCGAUCGGUCAAAGCGAGGAGCACUAUUUCGACCGACACCGGUCCCGCAUUCCGGACACCAGCACCGCGUCCAUCUUCACCACGCCUACCGCACCUUCAUUCUUGCCUACCGUCUCGUCCUCGGCCGAGAACUCGUCCGUGCCUCUUUUCGACGGGCACACUCGACACCCGGAAAUGAUAGACCGUGCCCCGGUGAGAACGAGCACGGAGGGAAAGAGGGAAGAGGAGGAGGAAAAAGAGGAGGAAGAGAAUCGAAAAAACGUAUCGACCACGCCGAGAAUCACUACCAUGCCGAGCUUGACCACGGAUCCAAUUUUCUCCCAUUACAAACAGCCGGCCAAACCUAUUCGUGGCCCGAUGUAUCUCAUCAUCCAAGGUCAUUCGAAGGUGAAGACUUACAAGCCCACGGUGAGCAAACACGGUAUACCCGUGGAGGGAAACGAGAUCUUCGAAAGCGCGACAGAGAGGCAAUUGUCGAAAUUCGAACAGUUCGUCCAAGAGAACACGAGGAACAACAAUCGCGCGAACCAGGCUGUGAUCGAGAAGAAGAAAGCGGAGGAAAAGGCGCGUAGCGAGAAACUCGCGCGAGCGCGUCAGAAUGAUCUUAUGAGCCUGGUCGAGAGUGGUCUAGCUAGCUUCACCGUGCCACCUUCUUCCUCCACGACGGAGGACGAGCAUCGGGUAAACUCGGUGACAACGAUCGAGAUAAACGGCAAUUAAAACUGUUCCCGGUGGAGAAAGAUUUUUCUUUCAGACGUUACUUCCAAAUCCCACAGGAAUCCGUUCCACGUUCUACGCGUAGGAGAAACAGGCGUGAAAAGAACGACACGCCUUGGUCAAACGAGCGAAUUUGCGGGACUGCGCGGUAGCUAAUCAAAGUAUGAGAACAAAGGAUGAGAACAAGGAUGCGAGGAAGGUUGGUUCGAUCGUAGCUUACUUGAUAAUAUGUAUUUAUUUAAUUCGCAUAGAAUUUCCCUCGAUCGAAUUUCCUCACAAUUUUUCAUGCAUUGUUUAAUUAUUUUACUUACGUUACGCGAUCGUUAUCGCAGAGGCUUACCGUGGCAGAUCCGCGAACUAUCGAUCUUAGCCAUGGUUCUUGUCUUCGAUACGCGAGAACGCGCGCCAAUUUCUAAUGUGCCAGUAUACGUAGACACGAGCGCGCGUGCAGAAUGAAUGCGUAUAAAUCAAUACACGCAUGCAUAUAUAUAUAUACACGUAUGUGAAAUAUAACAUAUUGUCAUGUGUCGUGACAAAUUGCUCAACGAACCUGUUUCAAAGAUGUACGCGAUUAUAUAAAUGACUUUUGAUAGAAUAUUAUUGCACACAAUCGAUCGUUAGAUCCGUAGAAAAGUGUUUCAAUUGGUGCUGCUUGUUACUCAAACGAGUCGAUUGUAGUUUGAGCAUACAUGUGCAUGGAAAGAACAAUGUUGCUCGUGAGAAGUAUUUAUCGUAAUAUACAUAUAUUAAUUAACGCGAUCGUACGUAUUUAUCGUAUCGUUAUAUUGUUUAACGUUUGUAUGCUCUCGAUUCUGCGCGAUCGAUGCAACUCGCAAUAAUUUUAUGAAAACGGUAAUGUAAGAAUCAGAUUUACAUAGAUGUCAUCAUUGCAACUUUGUAUUAUUAACGCUAAUCUUACGUCUACCGGUCAUCGAUGUCUAACAAUUGAAUUUCGUUCGUUUUAUUUUUAUUCGCUUGAAAUUGGUUGCGAUUGUAAUAACGGCGACUGUGUCGCCGCCUGUGUCAUUCGAGUUACUUCGCGUUGUAUUUGCACGAGAUAUAUCAUUUAUCAGACGUUACAUAGUAAAAAAAGGACUAUUUGUGCGUGGUAUCGCGAUCGCUCAUGUACUCGAGAUUACAAAUGAUGAUGAGAUAGAUUCAGAACAUCGUAAUAUUAAUUUCGUACGUACUCUAUGUAUAAGUGUGUACUUUGUUACGUAUGAUGAAUUGUACCUGACGGUCACACGUUUUGUUGAUUUUCCGUUCAUUAAUAAAUUAUCGCAUUAUCGAUUA